AAUGAAAAAGCACUUCUUCUUCGUCUCUCUCCUAGCCAUUCUCUCUCUCUCCUCCGCCGUUUCUCCUUCGCCACCACCGGUUGCCAAUAAAUGCGACGGUCUCAUCUUAAAUCUCUCUCCUUGUUUGGAUUAUGCAGCCAUGGGGUCUAAUGUGACUACGCCUAAUAAGAAUUGUUGCAUAGCUUUGGCUUCUCUCGUCGAAAAGACCCCUGACUGCGUUUGUCCCAUUUUUAGCUCCCUUCCUGGCUUCAAUGUCAACAUGACUCGGGCUCAUACCAUACCACAGGCUUGUUCUGUUAAGUUACCCCAUGAAUGCAAAGCUCCACCGAAACCUACACCCUCAUCGUCGCCGCCAACUCCAACGCCAACUCCAUCUCCAUCUCCAACUCCGGCACCAACUCCAUCUUCGGCACCAACACCAACUCCAUCUCCAUCUCCGAUGCCUGUACCCGCUCCAUCACCCGUAGAACUUUCUCCUCCUGCUCCGCCUGCUGAAAAUGUCUCCUCCGGAUCAAUAGCCAUCUCUGCUUCUUUCAUGAUGCUGUUUGGUGCUCUUGCACUCAGAGCAUUGUCUUAGGUUUUAUUAAUUAUUUCUACCUAGUAGAGUUGAUUGACUAGUGGUUGUGUGUUCAGAUGUGCAACAUCUUGUUGCAUCUCUUUAGGUUGAACUUUGAAUUUUGAAGAAUUAUUGUCAUUUGGUUUGCUUUGGUUACCUGCACUUAAAGUUGCUUCGUUGAAGUAGAUCGUUGUUGAAUUUUUUUUGGGA